AUGCUUUGUCGAAGUUUUAUUAGGAAAAUCAGUGGGAGAUCCAUUCCUAUCAAAGAUAUACUGAGAACAACAGAUUUCUCAGAGAAGUCUCCUGUAACUCUUAAUGGUUGGGUUGUGAAGUCUCACAAGACGGGACAGUUUAGUUUUCUACAUCUGAAUGAUGGCUUAUCAUCUGAAGUCGUUCAAGUUGUAGUUCCCAAGAAUGUUUGCUCUUCAGUUUCUAUGGGAUCUGCAAUAGAAGUAACUGGGUUAUGGACAAAAAGCUCAGGGAAUCUUCAGGAGGCAGAACUAUCUGCGAGUUCUUGCGUCGUUUUGAGUAAUGAUAAAGAUCCUAGGUAUGCCACCCUUUCCCCUGAUAAUCUCAGAAAGAAAAUACAUCUGCGUCCGAAGUCUUCAGAGUUUGCUGCUUUGCUGAGACUCAGAUCUCGAUUGUUCAUGGAGACACACAAAUUUUUCAUGGACAAGAACUUCUACCAUAUCGACACUCCAAUAUUCACAGCGAACGAUUGCGAAGGAGCUGGAGAAACCUUCACUGUGUCGGCAGGAACAAGAGAAUCAUCGUUUUUUGGAAAAGAUGAUGUCUUCUUGAGUGUUAGUGGACAGCUUCAUUUGGAGGCGAUGUGCAAUGGUAUCAGUAGAGUUUAUUCAUUAAACGCCGGUCUUCGGGCCGAAAAGCAACAGAGUAGUGCUCAUCUUUCUGAGUUUCGUAUGCUUGAAGUAGAACAAGCCUUCUGUGAUAGUUUAGAAGAAAUUUGUGAUUUAGUAGAAGGAUAUAUUAAACACUCUGCUCAAACUAUGGUAACGAACCCUGCGUUCAAAGUAGAUAGAGACGCGAUAUCUUCCUUCUCUUCAGAAGAUACUGUAGCUUUAGUCAAAAGUUUAUUAGGAGAUGGCAAUUAUCCUAGGAUCACUUAUAAAGAAGCUGUUGAUCUCUUGAUCAAGAACAAAAAACCUGUCGAUGGUAAUGGCUUGAGCAAGAAAAACGAGCUUUACUUGGUGGAAUACUUCAGAAGCCCUGUAUUUAUAACUCAUUUCCCAACCAAUCAGAAACCAUUUUAUAUGAAACGAUCUGCUGAUGGGUUGACAACGGAGUCCUUCGAUCUUCUGUGUCCCUUAGUGGGAGAAGUGGCAGGCGGUUCUGUACGUGAAAGCUCUCCUGAAGAACUGAAACUACGAGGAGUUGAUAUAUCUUGGUAUACGGAGCUCCGUCACAGAGGUAAACCUAUUUCUAGUGGUUUUGGAGUAGGCUUCGAUAGACUUCUGCAGGUAGUUUUGGGAGUUCCAAACAUAAAGGAUACAAUUGCUUUUCCGAGAUGGUUCAAACAUUGUCAGUGUUGA